GAAUUUUUGGAAAGAAAUAUCAUUUGUUCUUUUGUAUUUGUAAUAGUAUAUUAAAUUAUUUGUUAAGUUGAGAAAAAAAUGCCCAAUAAAUUAAAUAAUUCAAUGGUUUUGUGUGAAAGGGGCUGGACUUGAUUAGUGUUUACACUUUUUCAUAAAAUAUAUACCCUCAAUUUUUUCAAUGAUUUCAUAUCGUUAAUAAUAAAGAUAUGCACAGAUUGGGCGAGUUAACAAUGACAUAAUGACAGUGACAUUAUUAAUGUCGAAAUAUUGAAUCCCGACACGAUGGCGUGCAUUUCCAUACUUGGAGUAUGUUUUAUACUGUUUUACAAAUUGUGUACCGAAAUGUUAAUGAUUUUGUUAUUGAUACUCGCCAUGCAAACCUCCAAGAAAUGUAUUAUCAAUUUUUAUUAUUAUCUCCUCUUAUUUAGGAUGUGCAGCUAGACAGUGUAAGGGAAAAUCGAAUUCAACAUUCUACAAGGAACAUAAUAGGCCUAUCAAUGUCAGUUACAAGGAAAGCAUCACUAAUCAUCCGUGCUACCGAACGUGUGAAUAUCCAGCCAAACCAAGAAUAUGUGAAUAUGAAUUUAUCGCCGAAUGGGCUAAUUCAAUGUCAGGUUAUUGUUUUGAUUGUCCAUUCAAUCCCGAUCAUUGCAAUCUAAAGAACUGUCUUUCAAUAGACGGACACCCUCGAUUAGUAGUUGUUACCAAUGGAAAGACACCUGGGCCUAGUAUAGAGGUUUGUCGGGGUGACACAAUUCGCGUAAAAGUAGUCAAUCAGUUGGUCGACCACGGUGGUUUAUCAAUACACUGGCAUGGUCCUCAUCAGGUUGGCACAAACUGGAUGGACGGUGUGUCAAUGAUAACGCAAUGUCCUAUACCACACGCUACAUCUUUUGUGUACGAGUUUCUAGCACAACCAGCAGGAACCCACUGGUGGCAUGCCCAUUCUGGUUUCUACAGGGUUGAUGGUAUGUACGGACCGUUGGUUGUCAGAAAAGCAAGAGAGAACGAGAAAAUCGCGGAAUUUUAUGACUUUGAUUUAUCAGAACAUGUAAUGAUAGUGUCAGACUGGACACCAUAUGUAGGUUUACAGACGUACUUAGCACAAACAACAGCGAGUACUCUGCCACCUAUUACUCAGCAGACGAUAUUGAUCAACGGGAGAGGUAGAGGGCGUGAGUUCACAGACGAUGAAGGUAAUGUUUUCUACACUCCGCGGUCGGUUUUUCAUGUGGUAUCUGGCUUUAGCUACCGUUUUCGGAUAAUCAGCAGUGCCAUUGCAGCAUGUAACAUCCAGGUAUCAAUUGAUGGUCACCUAAUGUUGAUAAUAGCAACGGAUGGGUCAGAGAUCAAACCGGUAUCAGUUAAUUCAUUUAUCAUGGCAUCUGGUGAAAGGUAUGAUUUUGUAGUAUAUGCUUCUGCUGUACCAGCGUCAUACCUGAUACGUAUGACAGGUCUUUCUACUGGAUGUUCUUAUACAGGAAACGCCUUGUUGUGUUAUGGCGAAGCUCCUUGCGGUGAACCUACCUCGAAACCAUUAAUACUGCCCACACCUCAUCGUUUGUUCUCAUCUUUUCCAAAAGAACACUACAUCAACACAAUGCCCACAUAUGAUGUACUAAACCUGCUUGACACACAAGCACUGGAAGAAAUAUAUGAGGAUCUCGAAACAGUAAACUCUACGCAUUACGUCACAUUUUCUUUUGUACUUAAGACGGUUUAUGAAGAAGGCACGACCGGUAACAGCUUUACCGUAAGCGUACCAAAGCUCAACAAUGUCGGCUUCUUAUUCCCAUCAACACCAGUCCUAUUGCAAAGGCCGAAUGAUAUAUGUGAGCCCCAUCUAAACAACACACUGAUGGAGGAGUGUAACAUUACGGAUUGCUAUUGUACACACAUUUUGAAGUUAAAACUAGGAGAGGUUGUUGAAUUAGUGAUACCAAAUCUAAGUAGAAAUCUUGUCCUCGAUCACCCGGCACAUAUACAUGGCCAGGCCGUCCAUAUCGUAGGUAUGGGCGUAUUCGAUGGGGUACCAAGGACGUUAGAGGAAGUCAAACAACUUGAUGAAGAAGGUAAGAUGCUAGCCAAUCUGUAG